UGUUUCCGUGGGCUUCAGCCACCGACACGGAGCUCUGCGUCCAGAGCGGGUUUUCACGGCGGAGGACGCCGGUUCUCGGAUCUCCACCGGCGGCUGCAAAACACCACGACACCGCGCUGUCACGCCCGUUCCGCGGGGGCAUCGACGUAGACGAGCAGCGGGGUUAUUACCGCAGCCUCCCCGGGGUGGUUUAGGUGUCAGUCCCCCCCCCCCCGAGCGGCCCGGUCCCGGUUCCGGAUCCAGCCCCAGAGCCAGAGCCGCGACACGUGACCGCCUUGGACCGGGACGUCCGUCCGGACCCGGACCUCAUGAAUGGAACUCGGAUCAACAGGAGCCGUUGGAGCCCCAGCCCUGUUCUCGUUGCCACGACGACCCGGCUAUGGCACCGUCGGAAAGCCCAUCAAGCUGCUGGCCAACUGCUUCCAGGUGGAAAUCCCCAAGAUCGACGUCUACCUGUACGAGGUGGACAUCAAGCCUGAGAAGUGUCCUCGCCGGGUCAACAGGGAGGUGGUGGACUCCAUGGUGCAGCACUUCAAGGUGACCAUCUUUGGUGACCGGCUGCCGGUCUACGAUGGGAAGAGGAGCCUCUACACCGCCAGCCCACUUCCUGUGGCCACCGGGGGGGUGGACCUGGACGUCACCCUGCCCGGCGAGGGCGGGAAGGACCGCCCCUUCAAAGUGUCCAUCAAGUUCGUGUCGCUGGUCAGCUGGCACAUGCUGCACGAGGUGCUGACGGGCCGCGGCACCACCGAGCCGGUGGACCUGGACAAGCCCAUCAGCACCAACCCGGUCCACGCCGUGGACGUGGUCCUGCGGCACCUGCCCUCCAUGAAGUACACCCCCGUGGGCCGGUCCUUCUUCUCCUCCCCGGAGGGCUACGAUCACCCGCUGGGGGGCGGCCGCGAGGUCUGGUUCGGCUUCCACCAGUCGGUGCGGCCCGCCAUGUGGAAGAUGAUGCUCAACAUCGAUGUGUCGGCCACGGCCUUCUACAAGGCUCAGCCCGUCAUCCAGUUCAUGUGUGAAGUUCUGGACAUCCACAACAUCGAUGAGCAGCCGAGGCCGCUGACUGACUCCCACCGGGUCAAGUUCACCAAGGAGAUCAAAGGUCUGAAGGUGGAAGUGACUCACUGUGGAACGAUGAGGAGGAAGUACCGGGUCUGCAACGUGACCCGGCGGCCCGCCAGCCUGCAGACGUUCCCGCUGCAGCUGGAGAGCGGCCAGACCAUCGAACGGACCGUGGCCCAGUACUUCAGGGAGAAGUACAACCUGCAGCUCAAGUACCCCCACCUGCCGUGUCUGCAGGUGGGCCAGGAGCAGAAGCACACCUACCUGCCGCUGGAGGUCUGCAACGUCGUUGCCGGCCAGCGCUGCAUCAAGAAGCUGACGGACAACCAGACGUCCACCAUGAUCAAAGCCACGGCCCGAUCAGCACCGGACCGGCAGGAGGAGAUCAGCCGGCUGGUGCGCAGCGCCAACUACGAGAGCGACCCGUUCGUGCAGGAGUUCCAGUUCCGGGUCCGGGACGAGAUGGCCCAGGUGACGGGCCGCGUGCUGCCGGCCCCCAUGCUGCAGUACGGCGGCAGGGUGAGCUCUGAGCCCUUUAUGAACCGCACCGUGGCCACGCCGUCCCACGGCGUGUGGGACAUGCGGGGGAAGCAGUUCCACACCGGUGUGGAGAUCAAGAUGUGGGCCAUCGCCUGCUUCGCCACGCAGCGGCAGUGCCGGGAGGAGAUCCUAAAGGGCUUCACGGACCAGCUGAGGAAGAUCUCCAAGGACGCCGGGAUGCCCAUCCAGGGCCAGCCCUGCUUCUGCAAGUACGCCCAGGGGGCCGACAGCGUGGAGCCCAUGUUCCGGCACCUGAAGAACACGUACGCCGGGCUGCAGCUCAUCAUCGUCAUCCUGCCGGGCAAGACGCCCGUCUACGCGGAGGUGAAGCGGGUGGGCGACACGCUGCUCGGCAUGGCCACCCAGUGCGUGCAGGUGAAGAACGUGGUGAAGACGUCUCCGCAGACGCUGUCCAACCUCUGCCUCAAGAUCAACGUGAAGCUGGGCGGCAUCAACAACAUCCUGGUCCCGCACCAACGGCCUUCAGUGUUCCAGCAGCCCGUCAUCUUCCUCGGGGCCGACGUCACCCAUCCUCCAGCGGGGGACGGGAAGAAGCCGUCCAUCGCAGCGGUGGUGGGCAGCAUGGACGCCCACCCCAGCAGGUACUGCGCCACGGUCCGCGUCCAGAGGCCCAGGCAGGAGGUCAUCCAGGACCUGGCGUCCAUGGUGCGAGAGCUGCUGAUCCAGUUCUACAAGUCGACCCGCUACAAGCCGACCCGGAUCAUCUUCUACAGGGACGGCGUGUCGGAGGGCCAGUUCAGACAGGUGCUGUACUACGAGCUGCUGGCCAUCAGGGAGGCCUGCCUCAGCCUGGAGAAGGAGUACCAGCCGGGCAUCACCUUCGUCGUGGUCCAGAAGCGCCAUCACACCCGCCUCUUCUGCGCCGACCGCACCGAGCGGGUGGGACGGAGUGGGAACAUCCCGGCCGGCACCACGGUGGACACCGACAUCACGCACCCCUACGAGUUUGACUUCUACCUGUGCAGCCACGCUGGAAUCCAGGGUACCAGUCGUCCCUCCCACUACCACGUCCUGUGGGACGACAACUGCUUCACCGCAGACGAGUUCCAGCUCCUCACCUACCAGCUGUGCCACACCUACGUCCGCUGCACGCGCUCCGUCUCCAUCCCAGCACCAGCCUACUACGCCCACCUGGUGGCUUUCCGGGCGCGCUACCACCUCGUGGACAAGGAGCACGACAGCGCCGAGGGCAGCCACAUCUCAGGGCAGAGCAACGGCAGAGACCCGCAGGCGCUGGCCAAGGCCGUGCAGAUCCACCACGACACGCUGAGGACCAUGUACUUCGCCUGAACCCCUCCCCCCCCCGCCUCAUCUGGACCCAGAGGUCACGGAGGACAGUUCCCACCCUCCCUCCUCCUCCUCCUCCUCCUCCUCGCCCCUGGCGCCCGCCGUCUCCAGUCCUCAUGGUGCAGAUUUGAGGAUCACACUUUUAUGAUGUGGGUUUUUAUGAGCGGAACCAGCGCCGGGCCCCCGCCGGGCCGGUUUCACAUGUCUGCUCGUGUCCGGCUGUCUACGUGUUUUUUGCGUGUUGUUUCUCGGUGACCAUGGCGACGGCUCGACGGCUUCCGGGCAGUACCAGGCCCAUGAGGCUCGGUCGCCCGUGAGGCUCGGUCGCCCGUCCCCUUUUUAGCCAAGCGAGGUGCAUGAAGAUGACUGUUAGAAGCAAACGCCGCGGCCAUGAAAUGGACACUUUUAACCUUCGGUCGAGUCACCUGUAGUUUUAUUCCUCUCCAUAUUUAUGCUUUUUUCUCUUUUUUAAUUUAAAUUAACUUCAUUUCCGGAACCCAAACGCACCGCGGGGGCGACUUUUCUGCGGUUCCGGCUCAAGAAACUGACCGGCGAGGUCUCCUGCCAGCGAGUGGCGCCCCCUAGUGACCGGCGACUCGUAUUCCAGGACGUCUGGUACUCAAAGUCUGGAGCCUCGGACCCGGCGGGUCGGCCGGGAGGUCGGGGGGCGGGGAUGGUGGGGGGGGAGGUUUUAACCAAGUGCCUGAUUUGGUGAGAAAGUAAUAGAGCCUUUUAGUCCUCCGAUUGUUUGCUGCUUCGCCUUGUCGUCGCGGAGACGCCGAAGCUCCAACUGGACGGGAAGCACACUUCAUCUUCUUAAAGCCACCAUAUGUAGUAAUACCACCUCUGACCACAGUAGAAGACCUGCAGGUCUGGAUCCAGACCCUAGUGGUCUGUAGGGGACCUGCACUGUUUUCUAUUUUCAGAGAUAUGCUGCCUCUGAGUGGUCAGAAGUGGUAUUACUACAUAGGGUGGCUUUACGACGAUUUUAAAACUGUAUUAUUCUUUUUUUUUUGCGUUUUCUGCAUGUUGUCGUUCCUUCGUUCCGCCUCCAGUCGGAUCAUGUGACUCAAGGUCCUUCACUUGUGAUCUCAGAGAUGAUUUAAGAGUGUGUGCGCCUGACGUGCCUGGUGGCGGCGAGGCCACGCCCACGGCGCCGGCGGCCAACCAAUAGAGGUGUUGGGAGCGGCGGUGGGCGGAGCCUCGAGAGGCAAGUGGGCGUGGUUGGAGUCGGAUCAGAGUUCUGCGUCUCUGACGUACCAGCAUCCACCUUUACUUGAAGGACAGUCGUGGUGUCUGGGCGCCGCUAGCCGCUCGCUGCUAGCCGCUAGCCGCUCGGGCGCCGGACUGUCUCACAGAUGCCUUUUUCUCCUCCGAGAUAAAACCGCGUUGCCGCCUGAAUGAAAGUAUAUUUAUAGUCAGAGAUAUUCACGAACGCUUAGCCAUUUAUUUUUUCUAACAACGGUGCUGUCUGAGGCCGACGCCCACCAGGUGGCGACGCCUGGCUCCGCCCACAUGCGGCUGCCGGUUCACGGACGAAUCAAAACGAUGCGUCAGGAGUUACUCUCCUGGUUUUCUGAGGGGGGGAGGGUUGAGGGUUCUCCGCCGGGUCGCUCCAGACGCGGAACGGUCCGACGCCUCGGAAGAUAAAACCUCCGAGAAGCAAAAGAUGAAAGCCAGGUCGUGUAGCAGUACCAGUUCUGACCACAGGGGGCGCAGCGCUGCUUCCUUCUGCUGCUUCUCAAGUUUCUAAGUUGGAUGGAAAGAAAUUGCUGCAAAAGUUACUAGUUACUAGAAGUAACUAGUAGUUACUCGUAACUUUUGUAGUUCUAGUAGUCAUUACUUGAUCUGAUGAUGUUAUGAUGGGAUGUGGCGCCCCCUGUGGUCAGAAGUGGUAGAGCAGAGAAUGAAGGGAACCUGUGGAUCGGCUACGAUUAGGGUCAGUGUGUGUGUGUGCGUGUGUGCGCGUGUGUGUGUCUGUGUGUGUGUGUGUGUGACCUGGUAAAACGUGAAAUAGUCAUGAAAUUAAUCUUCGCCUUAAAUGUGCAUUCAUGUCGAGUGGAUGAAGGCGGGGCAGGAAUCGAACCUGCAGCUGGGGGCUGGUUGAUGGUGGAGCCUCGAUAACUCAAGAAGAAGAGUAGAGCUGCCGUCGCCGGGGCGUAGCCGCACACGCUCAGAAAUAACAGU